AUGAUGGAAAUAGGCCCGGGUAUGACCAAGGCGGAUUUGGUACUGCCAGGCUCUUUCAUCUCGACCAGAGGUGUAGAUGAUGUACUGAUAGGUGAGGACGUCGCCCGUCCACUCCUGGAAGCAAGCUCGUCUGGCGACGCCGCGACGUUACAAAGCUUGCUAUCGCAACCAAAAUGGAUCAAGAUAAUGCUCGAUUUUCCACCCACCAUCUAUAAAGAGAGCCGUCCACGUGAAGGCCCGGAUGAUGCACGCAAGGUGUCGGCACGUGGAAUCGGAAACGUCGAUCGCGCUUUCAGAUUAGCGGUUCAGAACCGCCAUGCUGCUGUGUUGUCCACAUUAAUGGCCUUCUCAAACCGCCAAGGCGUCCUAAGAUCCGAAUUCAUAGCGAAAGAGACAAUGAAUAAGAUGAUUGCCAAUGAGUACGCCUGGGUAUGGGAGGCACUCGCGUCUGCAGACCCGGAAAUCGUCCACUUCCACUGCCACCACGGUGCGCUGGCGCUUUACGAGGCCGUGAGGCUAAAACGAACCAACGUGGUCGAGGUGCUACUCAAGUAUGGGGCGGAUCCACUACAUCCUGUUCAGCAGCCUAAGAAACUUGGUACCUACGACUCGUCUCUAAUGUCUCGCGCCGCGAUGUCUCAAUAUCCACGCAUGAUCGAGAUGCUGCUGGAACACGGUGCCCCUAUCGCUUGUACUUCUGCGCUACAUACCGCUGCAGCAUUUGGUCGCCUUGAUACUAUGCGCGUCCUGAUACAGCAUAGCGCAGACUUGAAUGAGGUUGACUAUGAGUGGAACGAGUGGACGCCUAUGCAUUUCGCCGCCUCAAGAUGCGAAGACGAGGCCAUGGAUUUACUGGAGCAAAGUGGGGCGCGCUCUGAUGUGAAGGACUAUGAGGACAGGACACCUGCGCAACUGCUCAAGGAGAUGACACUGCUUAACGCGCGCACAAAUCAGUAA